AAGGUGGGGGGUGCCGUAUGAAUGUAAGAUUCCACCCUAUUCUCACGGCUUGCUUUUAAUUUGCUUAGAAAUCCUGCAGCACGUCAGCAAUUACAAAUUAAUUCCGUUAAUCAAUUUGUUUUUAAUUUGCUUAGAAAUCCUGCAGCAUGUCAGCAACUACAAAUGGAAAUGAAAAUUCUCCCUUAAUUCCAAAGGAACUACAUAAACCACAUUCCACACCUGGUGGGGAGACAAGUGUGGCUACCAAUUCAUCGGACUCCAAUAGUGCCUUGAGUCGACAACAAAGGGUCCUGAAUGCAGUGUGUAUUCUUGUUACAGAGUUAUGUGAGCGCAUGACCUUCUUUGGAGCAGCUGCAAAUCUAGUUUUAUUUUCCAAGAAUGUGUUAAAGCUACAGUCACCUUGGCCAUCAACAAUCACUCUUUUGUUCGCAGGAACAUGUUUUCUCACCCCUUUACUUGGUGGGUGGUUAGCCGAUUCUUACCUUGGUCAGUAUAACACCAUAUAUGGAAGCUCUUUGUUGUAUUUUGUGGGAGUUGUGCUUCUAGCUAUAGUAUCAGCUUCUGAUAAUUUGUUGAAGAGCAUAUUUAAUGCAUCAGGAAGAGUAGUGUUCUUUAUCCUGGCCCUUGUGUUGAUAGCAUUUAGUGCAGGAGGAAUCAAAGCCACUGUGUCACCCUUUGGAGCAGAUCAGUUGAAACAGGAUGGUCCAAGAGCUGUUCAGACCUUUUUCAACUAUUUUUAUUGGUUCAUUAACAUUGGAGCCCUCGUAGCUUUUACUGUGGUGGUUGCUGUCCAGCAAAAAGACAUUUUCUCUGGUUAUGCCAUCCUAGUGGGUUUUAUGUUCCUUGGAAUCAUUGUAUUUCUCACCUGUCGUAAUAGGUACUUGGUCAAGCCACCAGGAGGUAGCCAACUAACUGAAACAGCAAAAAUAAUUCACAAUGCCAUUAAAAAUCGGAAACAAAACACUGGUGGCUGGAUGGAUGGAGCAAAGAGCAGAUUUGGAGGAAAGUUUGGUGAUGAUCAGGUUGAAGAUGUCAAGGCUGUGUUAAGACUACUUCCUGUUUUCAUUACUUUCAUCUUUUAUUUUUCAGUUUUCUCUCAGAUGUCCACGUCAUUUCUCAUUCAAGGUACAUACAUGAAGCUAAAUUUUGAUGGCUUUUCCGUGCCAGCAGCAUCUUUGUCAUUGUUUGAUAUAGUUCUUAUUCUGGUGCUUGUUCCCCUUGUGGACCAUGUAGUUUAUCCUCGUAUUGAGCGCAGCGGGAUCAAGUUCACAUCCUUGCGGCGCAUUGGUGUAGGGUUUGUGUUAUCAGCAGCUUCUAUGCUUGUAGCUGGGUUGAUUGAAAUAAAACGACGGACAGUGUGGCAACACGGGAACAUAUGCACACAGACGGUUUUUAAUGAGAGUCACAGUGCCUCAUGUUUCAGUAUUUUCUGGCAAGCACCACAGUACUUAUUGGUUGGAUCUGGUGAAGUGUUUGCAACUAUUACUGGUCUGGAAUUUGCAUAUUCACAGGCUCCUAAAAACCUUAAUGGAGUGAUCAUGGCCCUUUUUCUAUCAGCCUCUGGCAUAGGAAGCUAUAUAGCAAACUUUCUAGUUGCUGUUGUCAACAGUGAUUGGUACCCUGAGAAGGAUCCCAAUCAGGGUCAUAUGGAGUACUUCUUCUUCAUGAUGGCUGGUUUGAUGACACUUAAUUUCUUGUUGUUUCUGUUCAUUGCAUCCUCCUACAAAUACAAAGAGUCAUCCUUACAAAGUAAAGGAGUACCAGGAUGCCCAUGAACUGACUGUUAGUGUUUCAUCUGUGCAUGGCUGAGUGACAUGUGUCAAUUUGCUACUAAAUGUGCAAAAACUAUUGUGUGCACCUGCCUGUAGGAAGUCCUUAGUGCAUGGUCAUGAGACAAUGCCAGCAA